AUGAGCUGCCUCAUGCUGUUGGCAGUGUGGCGAAAACAUGGCAGUGCUGGUGCAGGUGGACAGCCUAAUCAAAAGGACCCUGGCUUUCUUCUCUCGGAAUUCCGGAAUACUGGUCUCAUCUUAGCCGAAGCGCUUGUCGGAACAGGACAAUUAUUGCACAUCCAUGCCAUGCACACCCAUAUCCAAGGUCUGGCAUCGCGGAUAACGGGGUUAAUAGAUACUUUGAAGGACUUAGCUGGCGAAGAUGAGGAGGGUCAAGCGCGUGAGGAGAUCCAAAAUGCCGAUCAAAGUGCUGCUGUACUCCUGGAGAAUGCAGAUACAACUGCUCUGGGUCAGCCACUACAACUUCGCAACACGGAGGUCGACUCUGACGAGGCAUGCGCGGACUCUAUUACCUUUCUUUAAGGGUGUCCAUAAUCCACAUUGCAUUCCGCAAUACUAUUUUUGACUCACUUAAAUUUUCCCAUAGGAAAGAAGUCAAGGAUAAUCUGAGGAAUGCAAUGGCGCAGCCUCUAGUUUGUAGACGCUGACGUGGCGACUCCAACCGGUAAUGUCUUAGUACGAGGUCUCAACUUUCGCAUUGCUCGCAAAACGGUUUUGUUAACAGGACACAACGGCGCUGGAAAAAGUUCUAUUUUUCGAGCGAUGGCGGGUCUGUGGCGUCUGACUGCAGGAAAGGUUGUUGUCAAACAUGAUACACAGAACAAAAUAAAUGCUAAAAAUGCAUCUGGUAGUACAACUGGCUCAUUCUCUGGAAAAGGAGGAGGACGUCAGAUAGGCAUCUUUUAUUUGCCACAAAAGCCUUAUAACGUGCAUGGAACACUGCGGGAGCAAAUAUUCUAUCCCCUCAAAGGCCAAAAAGUAGACUCUAGGAGAUUGCUUGCCUACCUUCGUAGAGUAGGACUCGGGCAUUUAUUGCUGCAGCAUCAAGAAACGAGCAUUACUACGGGUGGAGCUGGUGGAGAUCUGGCACGACAGCAGUCUGAAGGAGAUACAGAUAGUAAUAAAAGCCUCGAAUCUGUUUUAGAUCGAGAGCUAGACCGCGUUCGGGACUGGGAUAAGGUUCUCUCACUAGGAGAGAAACAACGACUGGCGAUCGCCAGACUCUGGUACCACCGACCAAAUAUUGCGGUACUCGACGAAUGCACUAGUGCAGUAUCAGUGGAUUUAGAGGAGCUCCUUUACGAAGAGUGCCAGAGACUGGGUAUCGUGUACGUUACCGUUUGUCACAGACCGGCAUUUAUGGCGGCGCUUAAUAUUUUUUUACUCAUUCAUCUCAUGAGUAAAUAUUUAGAGAUGAGUACUGUACUCAUCUGUUAAUGUUAGGAAGUAUGUCUUUGAAGACCACGUGCUUGCAAGGCGGGAGCAAAGGUCGUGGUUAAAGAAAAAAUUGCUUUCAAGGGAAAAGAUGCUUUCAAGGGAUACGCUCCAAAUAUUUAGAUAAUAUGACAUUAGAUUGAUACACACAUGACAUUAGAUAAUCUUUAUCGGUAAUUAAAAACUAAGGUCUAAUGCAUUGAAGAAGUUUCACGAUUUCAGUCUACGUUUGGACGGACGUGGCGGUUAUUCCUGGACCGCGAUUGAUGAGGCGGAAAAAGCCGCAGUUCAGACCAAGCGAGAAGCACUUGCUCUAGAGAGAGAAAACACUGUGUCGUUGGAAAGCGAUCAGGCAGUACAAGACAUCAUCCUGGAAGAUGCCGAUGUUGACGAGGCAAAUAAAAAAGGUUCAAAGCCUCCAGCGGGCUCGUCAGUGGUAAAAGGAAGAACUACAUCAACGGAAGAACUACAUCAAGAUCAAGAGGCAGCAACUUCUUCAACUAGUACAGGAAAAACUUCUGGCCAUUCGGGUGGCCUCUUGCGCGCAGCUAGACUCUUUCAAUCUGGUUUCCCCGGAAACGAAGCCACGCUGCUGAAGUUGGCAGCACUCACUGCCUGCCGAACACUCCAUUAUGAUUCAGGAGUGUCUUGCAGUCGUAGCAGCGAUGAAUUCUUGAUCAGAUCAAUAGAAUAAAAUCUCGAUCUCCUCUACUCAUCGUCCUUCUUGAGUCAUCUACUUAAGUAUAAUAUACUACUAAACUUAUAGUAUAAUUUACUAACUACUGCAUUCGAAGAUUGUAGUUUGCGCAAUAUGUUACCUUGUUCCGAAGAUGAUUUAGUACUACAUCUGGUUGUAGAGGGUUCAGGGUAGUCUUCUAAAGGCCAUGGGAGAGUUGGGCAUUGCUUCAACAACGUACGGCGACCGCACUGGUUGACGUUAAGGCUACCACUGACCAAGCAUCCAUAGCCGCGGCAUCCUUGGCCUCUUUUUCAACCGGGAGAAGAAGAGCUCAGGGUUUCCUUUAAUAUUUGACUGGACGGUCGUAGUUGUUGUACUUGCGACUACUGCAAUUAGGCUUAGGGUACAUCUUCUAAUGACGGCGAUCGUGCUAAGUUGCCGUUUCUGCUGCUGUCUGGCGCUUUGCAGGCAUUGCUGAUGAGCUUAAUCGACGAGGAGAGUGACUUUACGCAGCGUGCUUUGUGUCGCGGUCUCAACGCAAGUUUAACUCGCAAGUUCCUCAAGAGUUACCUGGCGCAAAACCGAUUCUACAAUCUCCAACAUUUUUCUUGUAUCGGAGACGCUGAUGUACGCGGGACGGUCGAAUUGAUGGAGUUGUGCAGCGGCUUUGGCUCACUUUUCACGACAUUGCUGAGUCCGUUACUGGACAUCUUUUGGUUUUCGGCAAGGCUGUUUUUCUUUCCUGCAUUGCUACGCUUCCUGACGGAGUAUACGCUGAGAUACCAGAAGAUUAGCGAAGUAAGAGUAAGUGGAGGUGGAGGAAGUGGAGGUGGAGGAAGUGGAGGCGGCUCAGAGGCCCUUCGCGUCCAAACAACGUCUGCUCUGUCCUCCACACUUGCGAGAGCAGCGCAGUGGCUCUUGUCCGUAGCGUCGUCUGCGGGGAUCGUGGCCACACAGAGCCCUACUAGUCUCAGCGGUCAGCAUAGUCAAGCACGGCAGAGCUUUGCGUCGGGUCGAAGUGCAGCUCUUUUGCUGGGCUACAAUUUAGUCACUUCUUUCCUACUUCGCCAGCUGUUGCGCCAUGUACACGAGUUCACGCGCUCAGAAAAAAGUUUCAACUCGCGCUUUCGAGAACUGCACUACAAAGCACAAGCCCACGCCGAAAGCAUAGCGUUCUUUCGUGGCGGUCCUAGGGAGAAACAACUCGCGGAUGCUGAAUUUGGCCACCUCAGACAGUUGCUGAGCGAUAAAAACUUAGCUGACAGCCGCUAUCGGCUGUGGUACUCUUUCCUAGUUCACGAUCCGGCGGAUUACGCGCAAGGGCAGGUGUGCGUCAGGUAAGGCCGCUUCCCCUCAUCCAUCUUCCGACGCGUCUUGUUCAGCUGAAACUUUCCCCGAUGUGGGGAAAGAAAGCAGCACGAAGAUGAUGAAGAUGUGUCUGAAGCUGAGAUGAAUGUGUCUGUGAGCUCUAAGUCGGCGAUUUGUUGCAGUUGUAUCUGCAGCGAGGCCUUUCAGCGGGAGCAAAUUCGUAUGCGGAUGCAUCGGUCAGACGCAUUCUGGCAGCUUUUGGCUCUCUCACGACACUACAACAAUCGCUGACAGCUUUGGCUGCGAAUGCAGACAGAGUCGGCGAACUCUUCGAGGAACUAUCAGCGCCAGGUGGAGCACGUAGUGCGCAAAAUCGACUUUCGUCCCAUGUUAAUGGAGCAGCAGAAAUUAGCGCACUCUACUUUAAGGCCUCACGUAAUCCAUCUUUCAGUUCAUCUGCUGGCUGUUUUCGAGCAGAAAAGCGAGCACAGAGACAGAUGAGGGGAAAGACUGACAACAGGAUGGAUUAUGAUAUAGUGAGUAGUUCUAAACUCUACAACGGUGCUAGCACUGGCUCAGCAGGUGGAGGCAGUGAUUUGUCAUCUGAGAUGGAAGAGGCAGGUGGGAUUUUCAAUAUAUGCGACGUGGAUGCCAGAAGUACGACAGCCAGUUCCUCGAAGUCAUCCCCUAGAAGAAGACUCCCGAUGUCCGGAUCCCCUUCUCGGGUGGUCCUUGGUCGCACGCAUGUCGUGCACUUAGGCACGACGGCGGCAGCGAAUCAACACCAAAUCAGUACUGGGUCGCCGACUAGGAGAGGGGCGAAUAGAGCGAUUAGCACUACUGGACUCAACGUUGAAGCAGGGGAAGAAGGCUUGACAUUUCACAAUUAUGAACUACGUUCAGGUGUAGCAAUUCUUGGUCGGAGUACUUUUAGGCGUCAUCUGUCUAUUUAGAAAAAGACUAAGUUUCCUAAGGUAUGCAAAUCCGUCUUGCUUCACAAUUUCCAAAAAGGGGGUCUAUAUGUGUUUUUCUUUUCCUUGGUGAAUUAGUAGUGAUCCUUACACGUUUCCUAACCGUAAAUCCACACGUAUUUCUAGUACAAGUUUUUUUCUUAUCCUUUUUGCAAAAAGCGCCUUUCAUAACCACGUAGACCUAGUGACUCCGCGAGGCCUAACGCUUGCAUGCGAUAUCAGCCUUUCGACGACAGGAGGCCUCAUGAUCACCGGCCCAAACGCCAGUGGUAAGACAGCUCUAUUCAGAGUGUUGUUAAGGCUUUCGUCUACUGCAGAAGUUGAACUAUGUAUUCCGAAUGCAAUACAAUAUGAACGAUAUAUUCGAUCUCGCAGAAGCCACUAUCAAGAUACAACGAGACGAGGACUUUUUCUUAUCCUGUGCAAUCCUGCACAAAAUCAAAAACAAACUGUCUUUCCAGCUUCACAUCUUGGCCACAAAGCUUCACAUCUUGGUCGACCUUGUCAUUAUCUCUAAAUCCUUGCGGUUUGUGGCCGAUUCAAGGUGCUGGUUGGAUCCGUCGACCUAGGCAAAUGCAGUUAGUGCCGCAAGCUGUCUACAUGGUGCUAGGCACACUGGCAGAGCAAGUUUCUUACCCGGAUCGAUGUCCGCGGGGAGAAAGUGGUGCUGGAACGCAGAACUCGCAAAUCUUGGUAAGUGACGGCUCCACUCGACAACAUUUUUCCCAAAGAACUGAUACAACGAGAAACGCCAGCACGAAUAAGAAUCACCCAAGUAAUAUCCUUUUGAAAGAACAGCAGGAACGACAGGGCUACUUUCUCUGCGUCUCACGCGCGUUGGAGAAGGUGGAUUUGCAAUACUUGGAGACCCGCGAAGGUUUCUUUCGGGUGCGACCGUGGGAAAACGUCCUCUCUCUUGGAGAGCAGCAGCGCGUGUGCUUCGCACGGGUUUUCUACCAGCAGGAGAAAGUGAAGUUAAGCAUUUGAUUUGAUCUAUUGAAUGAAGUUCAGCAUACAUACUGCAUUGACAACUACUAUCUUGACUCUAUAAGUCUAUCUUCUACGACAGGUUCAGGUAAAAGGGAUGAUCGUUCACGCAUCGUUAGCUCGUCAAGUUCAGAAGUCCUCUGACCCCUAUUCGAAAAGUGAAAAUAUUAACCGAGUUACUGAGACUGAAAUAAGAGAGUCUUGACUACAUUCCUCCUCAUUCAGUAAUAUCUCCCUUAUUUUAUUAGUAAGUAGUUGCAUACUCGCUUAUUUCAGUUUAUCGAAAAGUACUCGACUUGUUUCUAUGCGUGAAGUGAUCUGCUCAUUGUCCUCUACUAAGAUCUUUGCGUGAGGAGGCACGAGCUCGUCUCUCUGUUGGCGCUGCUCAUUGUCCUCUACUAAGAUCUUUGCGUGAGGAGGCACGAGCUCGUCUCUCUGUUGGCGAUUCCCCCAAGACCAAUUCGGACAUAUCCGCCGACUCACCACCAUCAGAACGAGGACUGCAGGACUUCUACAAGAUCAAGAAGAGCUCUACUAAAAAUUGUUCUAGCCUUGUUGUUCUGGACGAUUGCACGUCCGCCGUUGCCGUAG